AUGGGUGAACCAUCCGAUCUCCAGAUUGCCCAGCCCCUGACCCUCAAAUGCGGCCUCACGCUCCCCAACCGGCUGGUCAAGGCCGCCAUGGCUGAGCAAAUGGCGGGGCCCAACCAGCUUCCCGACGAGCGGAUGUUGACGCUCUACAAGCACUGGGCGCAAGGCGGCUGGGGGCUUAUUAUCACCGGUGUUGGGGGGCAGAUGAUCUGGGGCAACGAUGGCCCCGAUGGCGCCCAGGAGGAAAAGUCGGACCGCACCAGGGCCCGCGAGGCUUUCUUCCUUGAGUUUGCCCGGCUUAUCCGCAAGGAGUUCCCCGAUGUCCCGCUCAUGGUCACGGGCGGCUUCAGCAGCCGGGGCGGGAUGGAAAAAGCAGUCGUCGACGGUGACUGCGAUCUGAUCGGUCUUGCGAGGCCCGCCGUCCUCAACCCUUCACUUCCCAACAACCUGGUGCUCAACCCCGAGGUCAAGGACCAGGACGCCAGAGUGUACCGAAAGAAGAACAAAACACCGUGGUUCGCCAAGUUCAUCGGGCUUCCGAUCAUCGGCGCGGGAAUGGAUAGUAUCCACGCGAUGGCAAAGGCAUGA